ACCGUUCUAAUUAACUAAUUCAAAACACAGUGGGGAGCAAGAAAGCAUGCAGAGAACUGCUUAAGUUUAUUUAUAAGAUCAAUUUUCCCUUUCCCCUCGAUUGCCUAAGAAUAAAAACGAGCGCCAAACGUUUCUAAGAUGUAGGACGUUUUAAUACGAGCAAUAUGAGUUGCCUGUGGCUUUUUAGGAAAACAAAUGUUUCGUUAUUUGGGUUGUAACAUGAGUUUGUCAUUCUCAUUAUGAUAAGUUUUGGCAGCCCCCUGGCCUUGCAAAGAUGUUUUAACAACCAAAACUUCCAUUUGCUGAGUUAAUUUUCUAAUUUAGAAUAUUCUUGCAAAUGUUAAUGGAUACUUUCUCGUAUUGGCCUAUUUUUACAGUCACAUAGUAAACAAGGGUAAUAAACUUCGGUCUUCUCAUUUAGACUAACUUUUUUCGAACAAACCUUCAUUGAUUUGAGUAUUCCUUUGUCACUUCAGUGAGUAAUAGAAACCAUCCGAUACAUUCCGUGGUCUUCGUGGGCAAUAAUGUAAUGUUUUUACGGCAGGGGGCACAAAAAUCAUAAAUAAAAUUGUUUAGCUUAAUGAACACCAAAUGAAACAACUCGAUAUACAAAUGAUUUGGCUUAAAAAGGUCAUCUUAAGAUCGCCAGCAGGCACUUGUACUCGCUAAUCUUGAACAUAUGUUACUCUAAUACCUAACCAAACAACAAAAUUUCCUCUUCGGCUUAAGAUGUUCGGGAACAUGAAUUGCAAAGUUAAUAUAAGUUGGCGAAAUUUGUUUUAGCAACAAUUCUUAGCACACAGCUAGGGGAGGGUACGGACAAAACGGUACUUACUAAGGGUGGGAAGUGGGUUUGUCCUAAAUCAGCACUCCACUUUUCAACGCCUAUCAUGCGUACGAAUAAAUGAGAGGUCAGUUCCGUUUCGAGUGUCGGUGUUCCCAAGAGCAUUUAAGAAUUAGAGGGGUUAAGAUAUAGCCAUAAAGCCUUUACCAGCGUCUGAUCCUUGUGAGGGAAAGUUAUAAGAUUGGAAUUUCACAUUGCUGUUUUGCGAGGCGAGAGGACUUGUACCCGCGAAAGUGAUAAUACUGUGUGGGACUCAAUCUGUCAACAGCUGUACACUCAGUAUUCUCACCAUAUUGGUUUGCCGUGGGCUAAAAUGACAGUCUGAUAUUCGUCGAUGAAAACAUUUGUUAUUUGUGGCUGAAGGAUUAAGGAGAACCAAAGCGUUUCCGGUGCGUUUAAAGACUUCGCUGGAGAGGAAGCUGUGAAAUAUUCUUCUCUCCAACUGUGGUGAACGGAACUGAGGGAAAAACCACAGCAAGAAAACUCGCCUCACUUCACAUGACUUGCGUCGUUUAACGAGAACCUACACGAUGCCGCGACGAACGUAUUCCUUCUUAUUACUUUUAGCUCAGAUCGUCGCUCUUUUCGAUGUUUUGAAGGGUGCUGUUUAUCCAUCGAUUCACUGGUCUCCGCAAAAUCCUCUGUUUGGCAAUGGUGACAGCGUUCUCAAUGUCCUUCCGAUGUCCAAGCUUCACAUCGUUUGUCCGAAUCCGUCCACAAUCUUGAAAAAGGUUCGAGACAAUACGCCCAAAGACAAACUUUAUGAAAAUGUUUGGAUUGUGUCACGCGACAAUUAUGACAGCUGUAGUACAGACUCUUCUAAGGGGAGUAGGCUUCUUCUACGAUGUACCACCCCCCUGGCGCUGAAGUAUUACACUCUGGUGUUUCAGAGGUUCAGCGCUGUGUCAAGCCAGGUGUUCAAUCCGGGCCGAGAAUAUUAUCUUAUAGCGACUUCAGAUGGCACGCAAGGUUCAAUAGACAGUCGAUCAGGAGGAAACUGUAAACAUAACAAAAUGAAACUACGGAUAUAUGUUUGUAAAAACACUAAAGAUCCCCGAUGCAACCGAAAACCUACAACCACUGCUAUUAAAGCUCCAACGACUUCAACUACAACUUUAAAAUCUACCAUUCCAUCUACGGCUACAAGCUCCACAACCACUUUUCAAACUACUAAUUCAACCACUACGAAUGCACCCACUGAGAAGGUCACGUUGUCAACAAGAACAACAAGCACCAGCGAAUCGUCCACAAGAACAAAAGCUGCUGAAGAACUGGCCACGACUACAGACGCAGAUGUAGUUGGUCGCCCAGUGAAUGCUGAAUUGAGCAGUCCUAUAAAACCAGUUUCAGAACUUAAUUGGACGAUCAUGAUUCCUUUAAUGGCCUGCCUUCUGCUGUCGAUCAUGGUGAACAUUAUUUUGUUUUGCCGUCUGAAAAAACGAAAACAGGGAUAUGAUUUAGAAGAGAGGAAACCUAAAAUGAUUGAAGCAACUUCAGUAAAACACCAGGAGAAGGACAGAAUAGAACCACGAGUGGAAAGAACUUGGCUACUAUGCAGACGAUCGGCAGACGUCACAGACGUGUGAGAUAUUUAAGUUGUUGAAGAAAAGGUGCAGUAAAUGGAGCGAAAAUGCCUCGAUGUGGGCGAUUCAGCCGUAACUGGUGAUGAUAUGAUCAGAUGUUGUCCAGUUCAAAGAUGACAACUAAGACGGGAGGAGUUUCCACCAAUCAAUGCUUGGCAGCUGGUAGGCAGUAGAAAACGCCAAAAUAGAAUCAGCUGUUGUGUUCAUCUGUCCAGAUUAGUUAUUGAGUUCUUUGGUAUUUCACAUCUACGUUAUAUUCUUGUCUGACUGUUCAUCGUGAACUGACCAUGGUCGAAACCAUGAAAAUUGUGAGGUAGUUUUCUUUUCAUCUCAGUAGGUGUUUUUUAUUUGUUUUAACAUUGCUUUCGAAGCCACCCUUCGUUAGCUCUCUUGUGAACUCUUGGUUAUUAUAUUCUGUGAUAGCUUUAUUACCAAUCAUUAGAGUUGUCUGUAAGGCUUGAGUAACAGCUUCUGACACAAAGACUCCUAGGACCACUUCGGGAACCAUCAACCUCUACCAUUAAAUUUUGGCCCGAAAUGAUGGUGUCUAGCCCCUGAACGAUAUUUAGGAUUCAGUAGAGCGCUUCAGUAGCUUUCAGAAUUGGUUUUAUUUGAAGGAGAAGUUGUUUUACAGUGAUGAAAGAUAAAAACGCAUCUUUUUUUUGGCCACCAAAGAGAAAAGUUGAUGGUCACAGUUUCACUAAAUUCAACUUCUGUCAGUCGUGGCGUAUUUGAUCGCACUACAACAAAAAAUCAACAAAAAAUUAAAAAAAAAAAUUAAGAAGCCACAAAACAGCAAUAGAACUAACAUACAAAAUUUGUUUUUGAAAAAAAGAAAGAAAACACCACUAGCUCUAAACACCCAUCGUUUACUUUGUUUGUCGCAAUACUAGCCCGCCCUCCUGUAGUGAUUGAUGAUUGUCGAGAUGCAGCCAUUGUUGCGUCGUAGUGAGGCUGAGUAAGCUUUCCCAGAAGAUAUGUCACUGCUUUGACCGAUAAGCCUCCGCGUUGGUCCUCAUUAUAAGCACUUCGGUGCGAGUGUUUCCGCCGAAAGUACGCGAGGAACGCGAGCCGACGAAGGGUUUGCCGUGGUCUUGCACUGAUAAUUAGUGCUAAUUAAAAGUAAUUUCUCCCCAACUUGUCUUGAAUCUUCCUGCGGGCGGAGAAACGCGCUUCCUGCAGCGCUUAUAAUAAGGGGUUGAUCGCAAGCUAUUGAACAAUGAAAUGUCCCAACUGUAGCGUUGGUUAUCGCGUUUAUCUUCUCUUUUGUGGUUUUUGUUUUGUGGCUCGUUUUAUUAUUUUUAUACACAUGAUAUAUAUAUAUAUAUGUAUAUAUAUAACAGAUAUUUGCCAAUUAUGAUGGUGUAAAUAGUUUGUAUUUAAUGAAGAAUAUUUUGAAGAAAGACAUUUGAAUGACAUGUAAAAAGACUUAAGCACAUGCCAACCGGAAAUAAAGUCGAGUUAAAAUUUUA